ACUAACGAUAGUGUUGUGUUGUGGCCUUGGAGAAGAAGAAAAAGGAAGAAGAAGAAGACGAAGAGUUUAUGAGACUGAGUCACGAAGAAGGAGAAAGAUUACAAUUGUUGACGUAAUUCGUGAAAACUUUUGUGACAAAUUCCGUCAAAGAUGUCUUGGUUCGGCGGUAAUUCCGACAAGAAAAUGCAAGAUUGCAUGUUCCAGCUGAAAUUUUGUGGAAAGCAGAUGGAAAGACUUUCGAAGAAAGCAGAGAAAGAUCAGAAGGUUCAAGAGGGAAAAGUGAAGAAGGCCUUGCAGCAAGGUAAUGUUGAAGGAGCAAGAAUAUAUGCCGAAAAUGCCAUUAGGAAAAAGAACGAGUCUUUGUCCUACCUUCGUAUGGCGUCAAAAGUGGAUGCAGUAGAGUCUAGGAUUCAGUCAGCUAUGGCUAUGAAAGGUAUAACUAAAAACAUGGGAUCUGUAGUGAAAGCAUUAGACCAAGCUCUCAAUUCUAUGGACCUGCAGAAAAUAUCAGCUGUUAUGGACAAGUUUGAGUCUCAGUUCGAGGACUUGGACGUGAGAACGUCGGUAUUGGAGGAUAGCAUGGGUGCUGCAACCACACUUUCCACACCCAAGGAAGCUGUGGAUGCUCUCAUCCAACAAGUGGCUGAUGAAGCUGGUCUUGAAGUCAUGGACAAACUUAAUGAUGCACAAAGUGUUCCAUCAGGAAGCCUCGCAGCAACAGGGGAACUUACCCGCGAUCAGGAGGAUCAGCUCACUAGAAGAUUGGCCGCCUUAAGAAACUAAGUUUCUGAAGGGUCAUCGAGGAUCAAGCCUUAAACAUAUACAUGGUAGUUAUUCAACAGAAACCAUAUUGUGAUGUCCUUCUGUUGAGAAACUUCAGGAGCUAAGACUUCAAUGAUAAACACUGUCUUGGCACAAUUCUGAUGUGAAAUGUAAGCAAGCCUCACAAGUGUCUUCUGUAAAACUACACCAAAAUACCCUUUCUUUUUGUUAAGAGCUCUAGAGGUAGGGUGCUUCAAGCUUUUUUCAUAACAUUUGAAACUUAAAAUAUUUUGACUCUCCUCUACAUUUCGUGAAGAGGAGACUUAUUUUUCCACAAAGAAAUUAAAGUGAAUAUUUAUGUUACUGUACAACAAUUAUAUAAGUUUAAGAAAGUGUUUUUUGGCCAAUAAUUAGCGACUAGUUUUUUUGUACACCAAUAGUUUGUAGCCGAUAUUGAUGUUUGGGAAACAGUAAUUUUUUUGUUGUGAAUUUCUGGCAUUUACUUAGUCAAGAGAAGUUAAGUAAUGUUUAGGAGUUUUACUAAAUGAUCCUAUAACUUUGCAGUACCAUCAUUCAGCACUGUUUAUUUUUCUUUAUCGACAAGUGGUACUGCUUGUAUGGAUUAAAUAUAUAUAUUUUUUUGUCAUUCUGUAGAACAGCUAUUCUUAAAAGGCUAGCUACUUGAGUAACCUCUUAAGUUAGGUCCCAUUGUCUGAAAAAGCACUUAAUUUGAGUUAGUGAUUUUUUUAAUAUAGGGAAACCUGUGUAACAAAACUACCGAGGAGAAGGACAUCUUGAAAUCUUGUUCAAGGAGGAAAUAUUUAUGUACAUAUUACUAAAUUGAUAGGUUCAUGUAUUUGCUUUUUCUAUGAAGUAAAUAGUUUUCUACUGCAUAAUAUUGUAUAUAAUAUUGAUUUACAGAAUGUAUUAAAUGAUUGGGCAUGUCAUAUCAUUUUACCUUUGCUGGUCAGACAAGUUGAAAGAUCUGUCUAGGCAAGGUAGCGUCUCUCUAAAGUUACCAAUACAGAACUUUUUCCAUAUUGAAAUAAUUUUGUUAAUUUAUUUAUGUAUGCAAAAGUGGGAAACUCAACAUGUUCACUGAUCCUAAUUUAUGAUUGGAUGCAAAUAUGGAAUAGUUUUAUGCUUUUUAAAAGUUUGUGAUUAUUUUUUACAUGGCCAUAACAAACCUUACUUCAUAUAUAUUGUAAAGGUUAUGAGGUUUGAAACACAAAAUAGUAAUUGAUAAUAUUUAGCAAAUGGGAAUGAGUAUAAUGAAAGAAUUUUAUGUCACAAAUGCUGUUGGUUUUUUAUUUUUUGUAUGUCUCCAGUCUUGAGAUUUUUGGCUCUUUUCGUAUGUUGGAAAAAUUUUGCUAAAUCAAUAAAUAAGGGAGAGUUGUAAUAUUUUUAAUGUUAGGUUGGGCAUGAUUAUAUAUAUGAACUUUGUUGCUUUGACAAGCAUAUUGGUGAUGCUGCAGAUUUUAAAUUAAUUCCCAGUGCAUUUGCAGUUUAGUGGCUUUUUUAUAUUGCCAUUUAUGCUGGUUGGGAUACACAGCCAUGCGUCGCUUAACUACCAACAACUUCCUGUGAGAUGUGUAUACAGGUAUGAAUCUUGUAGUGGGCCCCUCAGAAACUAUAAUAAUAGAACAAGAAAGAACCAUAUGAAGUCCACAAUCAAGGUGGCAAUAUAAUAAUAAUAAUUAUAGUCAGAUUCUCAUGAUUCACCCAACACCAGUGACAAAGGUAUGGAAUACUCCCCAAACCCCCUUCACCCUUUCGUCCAACCCAUGGGGGGCAGAGCUUAAAAAUAAAUUAUAGGCCGGUACUUACGAGGGUAAUAAAAACAGCUACAUGUGAUAGGAGGGUAAUAGAAACAGCUACAUGUGAUAAUGAGCGAGAGAAAACCAAGUGUCUACUCUGUAAUGUUAUUUUACAAUGUGUUACUGUAUGGUACUUUUCAAAAUGAAUUUAAUAGUUUGGCUAUCUGAACUUGCAGCUGUACAUUAGUAGUGCUGUACUACUUGCAGUAAGAAAAAAAAUAGCAUUUGGCAGUACUGUACAUCAUAAAUGACUUGCACAUAAUGGCAUACAUGAAUCAUCAUGUACUGUAUGCAUUUCACAAAGCUGUAAAAUAUAUAUAGUAAUUGUACUCUACGUGAAUGUAUGGGAAUUAAACAUGUACAUUGUUUUUGUGAUUGCUGUACACUGCUAUUGUAGAUAAAUUUGAUUGAGAACCAUUGUACACAGAUUUUCCACCUUUGUGCUAUUGAAUAGCUUUUUUUUUCCACUUACAAACAAUGCUAAAUGUUAUUAAAUGAAAUGUAUUGUUAUGACUGCAAAGAUAUAUAUAUAUAUGAACUGUACUAUUACAUGCACUUGUUUUCUACACGGAAUGUGAGAUAGGCAUGUUGUUUGGAGGCUUAUUUUAUUUGCUGCAUCCUGUUCUCCAAUCUAGAUUUUUGGACUUUUAUUGACUUAAGGGACACCAUAAUGCAGUUGGAUAUUGCCUGAGCAGAUGUAAGUGGCACAUGACUAUUGCAGUGCAAUACAAAUGUUAAUUUUUAUAGUUCCACUGCUUAAAUGAGCACAGGUAAAAUGCAGUUAUAUUAUUUUGGCUAGAGCAUAGUUCUGUAUUUAGUUAUCAUGCAGUACAUAAUAUAUAGGAAAAAUUAGUUUAACCCUUUGGAUUGAAGAGAGCAGGAGAGUAAAUUUUACCAUUUGUUUUAUCUUUCUUGGGAAUUUUAUGUAAAUCUAAUUUUUUUUAUAUAAAAGUAGAUUAAAGACAUUUAUAUUACAUUUCAAAACAUUGCUAUGAAACAUGUUACCAAAUCUUGAUAGAAAAGUUAAUUUAUUGAAACUGAGAAAUAUGUCAAAAUUGGCAACUGUUAACAAUUUUUCUGCCAUCCUACUGUCCUUUUGUUGCUGUUUCUCUAACUUAAAUAGUAAUUUGUCAAUAUUUAUAGCUGUCUCAGUUUCCGGUAUCUGAACCCAUAAACUGUAGGUAGUGAUCAAGCUUUAAACCUAAGGUAGCGCACUGGCUAAAGAUGACAUGUGCAUUGUAAUUUUUUUCAUGUUGAAUUUUUAAAGAGGAAUUUCGAUUAAACUUCUUAUCUCGUGUAUAUUGACAACUUGCCUUUUUCCAUGCAUAAGCAUUUUAGUUGCUGUAUAGUCCUAAAGUUUACUCAUGAAAUAUGCAAAUUUCUUCAUUCGAGGAGGCUGUUGGUAUGCUAUAUGUUUUUCAAUUUGUGUUAAAUGAAUUCCUUACCUUCAUUAUAGCCUUUAUUGCUCCAUUUUCUUGAUAAGCCAAGUAUCUCUCUUUGUCUAAGUUUACAGUUAAAACUCCCUGCCUUUCACUCACUCACCAAUAAUGUAUGACAUUGGGAACAAAAUGUUACUUUCUGAUGACUGAAUGUUUUGAUAAUUAAAUGUUGCCUUACCUCUAUUUUGUAUCUUAUGAUAAUCUGCAGUUUGCACCCCUUGGGCCAGUCUUGAGUGUUAUGUGAUUUUAAUAUGGCUGUCUGGUUAAACCAUCUAAUAAUAAUACCCUAUACUUUACAAGGGAAAAAGGGAAGCCUGCAUGGGAAAUGUUCCCAGAUUGACAUUUUGUGUACCAAGUUGCUAAUCUUGUUGGAUGAAGAUAUAAAUCAUGCUACCUUGAGUUUUAGGGUUGUGUAGUCUUUGUAAUGAAACAGACUUUUUUAUAUGUACCUAGUUCAUGCAAAUUGAUUGAUUAAUGAUUCUGGGAGUGCUGAGGAGUUGUAACAUGGAGUUAUUUGACUGAGGAAUGUGUACAUUUGUUGCCUAUGUUAUAAAGUUUUAUGUAUCUUG